AUGGCGGGAGACGCCGACGAGGACGAGUACCCGAUCGGGUUCCGGUUCAAGCCCAAGGACGAGGAGCUCGUGGAGUACUAUCUCGUCAACAGGCUGACGCGGCAGCCGACGGUGCCCAACGACUACAUCACCGAGUACGACGUCUACUUGUGCCACCCGGACACGCUCACCAAAGCAGAGCACAAGGGCGUGGACCAGGAGGAGUGGUACUUCCUGUCGCCGAGGUCUCGCAUGUACGGCAACGGCGUGAGGCCGGCGCGCAAGACGCGGGACGGGCGCGGGCGGUGGAAGGCGUCCACGGCGUCCAAGGAGGUGGACCAGAAGGUGGUCUGCAACGGCAUCACCUUCUGCCGGAGCGUGCUCAACUACUUCGAGGGCGUCCCCAAGAAGGAGGUGCGGACCAAGUGGAUCAUGCUCGAGCUCAAGGUCCCCUGCUUCGAGAUCAAGCUCGACAAGCCCGGCCCAAAGAACAUGUUGGACGAGUACGUCGUGUGCAAGAUCUACGUGUCCCCACAGCACAAAAAGAAGGCUGACGCCUACGAGGAAGGCACCAGCUCCGCGUGCGACGGCGACGAACAAGCGUUCUCCCCCACGCAGCACGGCCAAGGCACGGCGGGCUCCAUGUUCUCAGAGAAACAAGCCGGCAAGCGGCCCAUGCUCGAGAAGGUCCGACCAGGGAGCCUAGGCAUUGCAUCAUCCACACAAGCGAGCAGCACACAGUACUUCAGUGCACCAGGCGGUCAGGGUCAGCCAACGGGUGCAGCACACAGUAGCCAGGCACCACAGAUGCCACCACCGCAGCGACAGGCGGGCGCGUUCCAGAGCCAGAGCCUACUUGUGCAGCAGCAGCCAACGCAACAAACACCGGUGCAGUACCAGUCCUUCCCGGAUGCGAGAGUAGAUCACCACCCCUUUGGUCAGACGACGGCAACGAUGACGACGCGGCGGCCUCCAGCGCUGGAGAACCUAGGCGUCCCGGGGAACCCACCGCGGCGAGACCCAGGGACGGCGUUCAGGCCGCUGGUGUCCCUGCAGUGCCACUACGACCAGAACUACCGAGGCGUGAAACCGCCGGCCAACGCGUCCUCGUCGCAGCCGCAGAUGCUGGCGGCGACGUCGUUCCUGCCGCCGCCGCAACUGCCGUUCUUCAACGGCGACGCCAACCGUCGCGGGGCAGCCACCGCCGCCGCUGGGGUCGCGCCUUACGGCAGUUACCCUUACCAGAGCAGGUCGUUGACCUUGGAGGGGGCUGGUCAAGAUGGAGCAUCAAACGGGACGAAUGGCGCGCCGCGCUUCAACGUAAAUAUAAAUGACGAGCAAUUUUUUGUGGAUUUGGCCAUGACCACGAGUAACACGUCCCUGAUGACCGGAGCGCGUACGCAGACGGCACCGGCGCCGGCCCGCCUGGUGCAAUCACAACCGCCGCCGCCGGCCGGUGCUGCUCAACUUGAAACCGAGACGGGAGAAGCGUCUGGUUUGAACAAGAAAGAUGCUGUGUAGUUCUGUAUUAUUUCUGUCAUUUUUCCGAAUCUGUACUACUAGUACUGCA